AAUGUUCUUGAAGGGAGAUUGCACCAUCCUUUUAGACUAAAAAAUUCAAGAUCAAGUUUGGUAGUGUAGAGAGGACGGCACACAUCAUCCUUUAAGAGCAUUAUCAUAUGAAAUCUAUAUGUGUUAAGAGAAUUAAACAAUACGUUGACGAGUAAGGCGAUCAAGGUUAUAACCCAGCAGUCAUGACCAGGGUUCAAAUUCCAACUAAGGCACAAAAAGGUUGGUUGAUUUCUUCCCAUUUUCUGAGUCUCUGGUUUAUGGAGUUAACCUGGAACUUUUUUAUGGAAGUAGCAGGUAAUGUAAGUUGUGCAGACUCUUCUUUGUUGCUGCUGAACCCGUGUCGACAUGAGAAGGGUGCAAGAUUCGUGUGGCAUUCGGUCAACCCACAUUGGAUACUUUGACUAGAGUCCAUUGACAAAUUUGGGGAAAAAUUGAGAUUUUGAUUUCUACAAGUAAAAGAUAAAACAAAUUUAAAAGAUAGCAUACCUUCAAUCCUUUUCAGCUUUUCCUCUUGGUCAAUAUUUUCUAUUUAUAAAUGUUUUCUUUCUCAAUGAAAAGAGGGAUAAUUUCAAAAUCAGUCUGUCACAUCCCAAAAUAACCCCUAGGCAUGACUGGCUCCCGACAAUACCGCUUGCCGAGAGAACCAAUUUUCUAUCCAUUCACCAUAUCUAGUGUAAUCUACCUACACUGAGCUAAAAACAUACACAACACUAUGUGCACGAAAUGAUCAUUAAUGCAGGAUAAUUAUCCAACAAAAUACAGCAUAGCGAUUUAUGAAAACGACAAUAGUUUAGAUAACAAAUCUCUAACCCAAGUCUCACACUGAGUUCAUGGAGCAUCUAAACAGAAUUACAUGAAUUCAACUAUUGGGCAUGCAAACCCAACGAAAGGAGAUAUAAGCUAAAAAUAACAAAAGAUGAAUUACAGCCUUCACGAAUAAUGCGAAGGUUCACCUCAGUGACAGAAUCCACACGAAAAGAUAGUCAGCCACGAACCUUUCGCUCUGCAACCAUAUCUGCAGGUAUGCAAGUAAGGAGUGAGUUAUAUAAAUAUAACUCAGUAAGAUCCUCGACCCGCUUCUUUAACACCCCUGGAACAAGUGUUAGAAAAUACAUGGCACAACAAAAUACACAAAUAAUAUGUACAUAAUAUCUUUCAUAAAGUAAUAUCAAUAAGAUUUCCAAAGAGGUUCAAUAAUGCCAUCCUGUAUCUCAACUCAAUCCACGUUUGUUGUGUUUAAUAUAAAUUUAAUAUUUUUUAGUGAUCUAGUGUCUGACACUCUCUUUCUGGAUAUGAUUUUCUUCUAUGUAAAAUCUGAAACAAGCUGUUUCAUAUAGCCUGUUAAUAAUCAUUUGAUAAUAUGCAGAAAGCAGCUAAAUUGGUUCAACCCUCAUUUAGAGGAGAAGGUUUCUCUGCUAUCCCAAAUGUAAAGUGGGAAGAUAUUGGAGGCCUUCAUUCUUUAAGACAUGACUUUGAUCGUUACAUUGUUAGGCGUAUAAAGAAUCCUAAAGAUUACAUGGGUUUUGGAGUGGAUUUGGAAACAGGAUUCUUGCUUUAUGGUCCUCCAGGAUGUGGUAAAACAUUAAUUGCCAAGGCUGUUGCUAAUGAAGCUGGAGCAAAUUUUACACACAUUAAGGGACCUGAAAUUCUGAACAAGUAUGUUGGUGAAAGUGAGUUAGCUAAUAGGACAUUAUUUACCCGUGCCAGGACAUGUGCUCCGUGCAUUCUAUUCUUCGAUGAGAUGGAUGCAUUGACAACUAAGCGUGGCAAGGAAGGAGGUUGGGUCGUUGAAAGGCUUUUGAAUUAGCUACUUAUAGAACUAGACGGUGCUGAUCAGAGGAAAGGUGUUUAUGUGAUUGGUGCCACAAAUAGGUAUUUUUCGUUCUUCUGGUUAAUUGUGUUUGUGGUUGAAGAUUGGAAGUAAAUGAUUCACAUCCUUUUUUGGUUCUUGUUCUUACUAUCAUAUUUGCAGGCCUGAAGUCAUGGACCGAGCCAUUCUUCAAACCUGGGAGACUUCUAUAUGUCCCUCUACCUAGUCCAGAUGAAUGCGGACUAAUUGUAAUAGCUCUUGGCCGGAAAAAACCUAUAGAUGCUAGUGUCGACUUAAUGACCAUAGGAAGAGAUGAUGCCUGUAAAAUGUUAGUUGAGUGGACCUAGCAGCACUGGUUUGUUAAUCUGUUGUGUUAA